GUACUACCCAGAGACGCUGGGGGUCCAGUUCUUCCUGAACACCCCACCCAUCUUCCUCGCAAUCUGGCGGCUCAUCAAGGACUGGAUAGAUCCGGUGACAGCAAGCAAGAUGCAUCUUUUGGGAUCGGACUACCAGGGCACUUUGCUCCAGUACAUCGCUCCGGACCAGCUCCCUGCGGAGUACGGCGGGACGAACUCUUUCCAAGGGCUGAACACGCAGCGAAGCCUCCCGGAGAUCCAGAGUUACUACGCGAUCUUUGAGGGUGCUGCAGAGGCUCUUCCUGGACGGAGGCAGAGCUCGGCUUCGUUGAGCCGCGCUUCACGUAGCCGCACCGAGACUCUAUCGCCGCAGUCUGGGCAGAAGAAGUCCUUCAGCUGGCUGGCCGCGCUGCUCUCCAUCCUGCUCGUG